CUUCGCUAUUCAACCCUUCUUUAUCUCGCAGUUGGCCGCUGUGUGUUUCUGGUUCCAGCUGCCUGGCUCAAUAGUUUCCUUUUUUCCCUUUCCCUUUUCCCUGUUGACACCCACGCUCUCUCUCUCUCUCUCUUCUCUCUCAUCCCCAAGUUGAUGAGACACACACACACACACACACACUCCUUCAAAUCACACCCGCCCAGUCCUUUCUGUGGUCCGAGUCCUCAAGCAAUUGACGUUGCAUUGUUUCCCUUGGAGUCUGUUUCAUUAAACCCGGCAGGUGUCGUCCUUUCUUUCAGAGACAAUCUCACCCCGGCCAAUCCGCCAUCCCCCCGUUUACCGUCUACCAUCCACCAUCCACCAUCUACCAUCUCUACCAAACAAACAUCACCAUCGCCAUCACACAAUAAAUAACCCGCCCGCCCCAAUGUCGGAACCACUCCGAUUCCCGGAAACUGGCCUUCACCACCUUCCCCUCCGGAUCCGCGAUCGCGAUGUGCGCCACAGCGACCCAACCCUCUCCAAGUUCCCAACCCUCGGCCUGAGGAGCGAUGCGCGCCCGAAGCGAGUCCCCGAGAGCCUCCAUUUCGCCCCUGGAGCGUUCCGCCUGCGAUCGCCCACCGAGUCCUCCAUGAGCAGCAUCUCGUCCGCCAACGUCCCCGAUUCCGCGACGACGCAUUCGCUCUCGACGCUGGCAAGCCCCAUCAGCACCAGCUACGCCUCCGACGUCCAGGAACUAUUCGCAUCCGCCAGCAUCGGCUCCAGGCCCGCCAGCCGCAUCUGCCACCGCCACCAACCCUCCAACGGAACCUGCUCGACCUUUGUCAACGAUGAAGACGACGGCCCCAUCAUCACCGGCUACCCGGACUUUGAGCUGAAGCUGCGCCAGUUGCGCGACGACCACCACCGCCCGACCGCCAUCAUCGGAGAGUCGCACCCCGUUAGCCCUGCCACUGAGUCGCCCAUCAAGGAGGAAGACACUCGCACCGAGGUCGAGUCUCUUGACAUUGCCGACGCCGAUGCUGACGCCGACCUCGAUGAAGAUGCCGACGAGGAAUGCGACGCCAACACGCAGAAAUGGGAGGGCAGCUCUACAACCUCCGACGACCUCUCCAGAGACGACGCCGACAUGCUCCUCGGCUACGCGCUGCAGCUCGUCUACGGCAUUGAUAUCAACGAAGCCUCCAUUUCCCCAGCGGCCGCCCACACCGUCGUGGCCAACUUUGUCCAAGACAUCGACAAGCACAUCUGGAAGGCCCCGUCAGACACUCAACUAUCCCACACCAUGUCGACCUCAAGCUCAUCGUCGACCCCAUCGCAGGAGGGCGUGGGAGGGGACCCGCGACGGGGAGGCAAGCGGAAGAAGCUGGGAAAACGCGACGACGAUGGCGACGAGUUCAGCGACGGCGAAGGAUCCGGCUUCCUGCCUGCCAAGCGCGCGCGCCCGAAUCCUCGCGAAGACGAGAAUCUCCGCCUGAGCUGCCCGUUUAGAAAGCGGAACCCUCACCGGUUCAACGUGAGAGAUCAUCACAGUUGCGCCAUGACCUACUUUCCCAAAUUCGCAGAGCUGAGACAACACAUUGUCAAGCAACAUAAACGGGAUGACCCGACCGCCUUUGUCUGCGACAGAUGCAACCGCGACUUUCCGACGGGAAAGGAACUCCGAGACCACCGACGCCUACCAAAGGAGCUCAUUUGCGACAUCACCGACCACGAUGUAGAGAGCGGCAUUGACUCGACCACUGCCACGAAGCUGCUGAGCCGAAAGCGCGCCAGUGGUGCGUCGACUGGGAUCCAGUGGAGGGAGAUCUGGAACAUCCUCUUCCCAGACGACGAGGACCGAGAAAUCAAAACCUACGACUUUACCCCCGUCAUUGAGCAUUUCGAGCUCUCAUCAAACUAUCUGGUUGGCUUCGAGCAACUGCAAUUGUCUCUUCGCGACAAGAUCUCCAACCCGGCAACCCUCGAAACGCUGUCGACCAAGUUCCACCAGUGCUUCAUCGAAACGCUCGAAAAGUGCAUCGCAGACGCACAGAGCAUGCCAUACACCAACCGAAGCAACAAGAAGAGCGAGAUCGUCAAGACGCAAGCCCCCCAGACCAUCGUCCAGCGCAAGAGCCGGGGAAUCCAACCCCGACCCGACUCUGGCGUCGUCAUGGACGACGGCUCCGAAGAGAGCGGCAGCGUCAUGGGCGUGGGCCUCGGCUUCGGGCCCCGAGACAGCAUCCGAACCGUCAAGGGCGUCCAGCGCCGCGGCAGCAGCUUGGUCCCGGAGACGGUCCGCGAAGUGCUGCCCGCGACGUCGAUGCCGGGCACCUUCGACGAGCCGCUGAUGCAGCCGCAGCAGCCGGCCAUGGCGCCGCUCGGCAUCACGGCGGCCGCGAUGGACCCCGCCGCCGUCCAGGCGUGGAACAACGGCGUGAUAUACCCGGCCAUGGACGACGGCACCAUGGGCCUGCCCGACCAGUUCGUGCAGCCCGGUGGGCUGACGCCGCAGACCGAGUACAUGGGCUGGAUGCCGCAGAUGUACCCGCAGGGCUUUGGCGGGAUUGAUAACGGAUUCACGGGUUUCAACGGGCAAUGAGUGAUGAGGGACGGACGGUAAUUCGUCGACGAGCCCAUAUCAGGCUGUGCCUGAUUGUAUUUGUAUUUGUAGUUAUACUUGUAAUACCCCCCGUGCGCUGUGUCGCACGUCUAAUUCUUGAAGUGUUAGGAAUUAAGGAAACGUACCGAAGUUAUAUGAUUAUAUAUACACGAAAUCUCAGACGAAGGGGAGUUGGCUUCUCUUAUAUGGCAUGUGCUGCCGGAGCCCAUGGUUGAGAUUAUAAUACAGGCACAAUGAGCGGCACCAACGCUGUCGUGGC